AUGCGGGACGCCGGGGACGUGAAAUCGCAAAGGACGCGGACGACGUCAUCAGCACAAGUUCGAUCAACAGGAGCACUUGUCUUGACAGACGACCCGCUGAACACCAUGACGUUGACAAAGCGGACCGCGCUGUUCUACGAGAACCUGUACGAGAGCCUCUGUCCAGGCAUCGUCCCGCGGGCGUACAUCUACCCGAGACUCGGGAGGAAAUCGCAUGACCAAGAUGCGUCUUUUGCCGCACUGACGUUGUCCGUUUCUCUUUUGGGAAUGCUAGGGCUCACUCUGCCAAAGUUAUCCAGUACCAAGGGGGGCGAUAACAGCAUCGACUCGCAGCUGGUUCGACCUUUCGUCAUGCCGAGCGUGCCAUCGGAUCGUCGUUCCAAAAAACAUCAAUCGGGGACCUUGCGGAUACAAGCGAUACGAUUGAUCGAGAGGAUCCUGCUCCUACGCCUUUCAUCACCUGGCGGAGGUGUGAGCUUCGGUCAAGCGCCAACGCUCGAAGCUGUCGUUACGGGAUUCUUCCUCUCGCUGGCGCUGUACAAUCUAGACGACGAUUCGCACGAAGGAGGCAUGCCGAGUUUCACCGAGUGGAAGGAUGCGAGUUUCUUUCGGUUCUGCGAGGCUAUCACGCUGGCCAAGAUUUUGGGAUUAGACCGGGUGGAGCGUUCGGGAGCAAAAGAUGCGCAAGGAGAGGUGUCGGAGGAGGUCAAGAUGUGGCUGCUAUUGGCUCGUGCUGAAAAGUGGUGGGCAGCGCAAAAACCGGGCUACGUGUGUCAGAUGGACACUGACAGACAAGCAGAACGACGUGGAAGCGGGAGAAAGCGGGUCAAGUCGGAUGCGGAUGAAGUGGCAUUGCCAACGAAACGAGCAAGAACAUCAACGCUGACCUCGAAGCUUUCUGAACCGCUGUCCUUCCUGGUCAAGCUCGGAUUCGCAGGCGUUCGAGAUCAUCUGAUGUAUCAUUUUGGCGACACCAUCGACUGCUGGACCCUGACAUGCUCUCAAACCGCCAAGUGUCGAAUGUCUCCCAAAGCAGCCCUCCGCAUCCACGAUUCGCUAGCAUCGCUCGACUCAUCUUCCACUCAGCAUCUUUCCGCCGAUCCGAUUCUGGUCGACUUGGUACGGCAAGCCCUACGAGCCAAACUCUGGAUCUCGUGCCUCGACCACCGUCUCGUAUCCACCGAUGCUCAAGGACCACUGCGACCCGACCAACCUCUACACAUCGCACUCGACACGCUCGAUCUGCUGGAAGAUUUGGAUCAUCUCGUACUCCGCCCGCUUCCUCGUGGGGACGUUGCAAUGGGUGAGGCGAUCCGAGAGGCACUUCAAGCGGUACGCGAUUGCGUGUCGAGGUUGCCAGACGGUCAGUUUGCUGGAGAGGCAUUCUCGUUCGAACAGGUCGAGGCGAGCGACGAGAGCGACUCCGCUUGCGGCAACAGCCCAAGAGCGGAAGAUGGAGCGGCAGAAGCUGCUCGCUCGACUACGACGAUCACACGAGCCGCUCAGUCCGUGAUUGACAACCUGGAUCAUUUUCUGACUCGGGUGUAG